CCACUACCCUUUCUCAUCCAUAUUUUACUAAAUUUUAAUUAGUCCUAAGCAAAACAAGAAUACUAUGCUUUAACUUCACUCCUACUCAAAAUUUGCAUAAAACCUCUCUCACCCUGUAAACCCUCUCACCCCUACAAUGUCCUCAUCAUUCUGUUGUUUUUGCCUUGCAACAAUAAUUCAGCCUCUUUUUUAGUUUCAUCUUACAAUCUUUGAGCUUCAAUUCUUCAUUCUUCAUCAGGGUAAUCAUGAUGAUGAAGCCUCCUAGAGUAGGAAUAGUAAAGCUUCCUCUGACAACCAUUAUCAUCAUUCUAUGUGUUCUUGUCUUCAUGGCUCUGUUGUAUGCUGAGAAAUUCAGUUCCUUUUCAUCAAUCUCAAUUCUCAAGCUCAAGCCUUUUUGUCCAAGAAAGAACACCGAACCCAAAUCUACAGACGAUAAAAGAGUAAAGGAGGAGGAGGUUGGAAAAGAGGUUGUGAAUGCAUCAUGGGUUGAUGACAGGUUUGAUUUUGAUGCUGGAGAAUGCAAUGUUGCAAAUGGAAAAUGGGUUUUCAACCAUUCAAUAAAGCCACUAUAUUCUGACAUAAGCUGCCCCUAUAUAGAGAGGCAGUUUUCUUGUGUCAAAAAUGGAAGAAAUGAUAAUGAUUACAUGCACUGGGAAUGGCAGCCGGAAGAUUGCAACUUGCCAAGAUUCAAUCCUGAGCUAGCUCUGAGAAAGCUUCAAGGAAAAAGGCUGAUGUUUGUUGGGGAUUCACUACAAAGAAACCAAUGGGAAUCUUUUGUUUGUUUGGUGGAAUGGAUCAUACCUCAAGACCAGAAAUCUAUGGAAAGAAGAAAUAUUCACUCGGUCUUCAAAGCUAUGCAAUACAAUGCUACUAUAGAAUUCUACUGGGCUCCAUACAUAGUAGAGUCCAACUCUGAUGUUGAUAUCAUAGGAGAUCCAAAGAAGAGGAUAAUAAAAGUGGAUGCUAUCAUGGACAGAGCCAAAAAUUGGACAGCAGUGGACAUUCUUGUUUUCAAUACCUAUGUUUGGUGGAUGAGCAGUGCUAAGAUUAAAUCACUGUGGGGUUCAUUUGCAAAUGGAGAAAAAGGGUAUGAAGAAUUGGACAACUCAAUUGCUUACAAGUUAGCUUUGAAGACUUGGGCCAAUUGGGUUGACUCAACUAUCAAUCCAAACAAAACCAAGGUCUUCUUCACAACAAUGUCUCCUACACACUCAAGAAGUGAAGAUUGGGGCAACAUGGAAGGUGUGAAAUGUUUCAAUGAGACAAAGCCUGUGAGGAAAAAGAAUCACUGGGGAACUGGUUCUAACAAGGACAUAAUGAAUGUAGUGUCCAGAGUGAUGAAGAAAAUGAAGGUUCCAGUGAGUGUUAUAAACAUAACACAGAUCUCAGAAUACAGAAUUGAUGGCCACUCUUCAGUUUACACUGAAACUGGAGGCAAAUUGCUAACUGAGGAAGAAAGGGCCAAUCCCCAAAAUGCAGAUUGCAUACAUUGGUGUUUGCCUGGAAUACCAGACACAUGGAAUCAAAUAUUAUUGGCAAUGUUAUAACAAAUGUAUAGUAAAAAGCUUCCAUGCCAUGGCCUUUUUUUUUAUUAUUCUAUGGUGACAUGCAGAUGUCAUGUAUUUUGUGUAUGUAUAUUCUUCUGCCGUUGCCAAAUUGAUUGAUAUAAAAAUGGGUAAAUCAUGACUACCAUAAUGCAAAUUCCAUUAGCAGA